CUAGGUGGGCUGACGUUGCACUGUGAGGUGGUGAAAUUAGCCUUGAUGGAACUACUAUAAAGACUACACAACCUUCAUUUUGAAGAGCUGAUGUACUGCACAUUCACACACAACAAAUGCACAGAGGUACAACGUCAUUACGGCUUUCGAUGUCAAUUUUGUUUUCCAUUUUGCGGAGGCUCGUCUCUCGUCCUCUGAAUAUGGAAAACUUGCCGCCAAAUGUACUGCUGCAGAUCUUCUCUUAUUUAGAAGUGAAAGACAAAUGCAGAGUUGCGGGAGUUUGCAAGUCUUGGCGAGAACUCGUCGGUGAGAAGAAAUUGUGGAAGAACGUGGACUUUUUCGCUGCCCGAGUCGACCUCCCCACCCACUGGAGGGCGCUCCGUAGGUAUUUCACGGACAGCCUGCACACGCUGCAUCUGCGCGGCUUCGUGUACACUAGCAAGACAUCCCGGUGCCUCAACGACGCCAUCUUGAAGGAUAUUCGCCGAAGGUGCCCGAACCUCGUGGAGCUCCACAUCGACGAGGCAGACCUGUCUCGCGUCUGCUCUGGUCAUCUGCCGCCCACCUUGGAGGUUCUGGUGUUGAACAGGUGCAUCACCACGCCGGGAUGGUUCCAAGCCGGUGUUUCAAAUUCUAGACUGGACCGGCUGCGUACCCUCAACUUCAAGAACUCAAUAGAGAUCUGGAACGAGGAUUUUAAAAAUAUACGUUCCAACAGAACCCAGGUCGAACGUCCCAACACCUCAUCCUGCCACGACGUUUCGCGACGAGGCUUCAGGUGUUUGGUUAAGCUUGUCAAUCUAACGGAUUUAGACGUAAGCGGUACAAACAUCAAGGACGAGGAUAUCGACUUCAUCAACAGCAAACUGAGGAAAUUACAGAUAGUUAAAAUCCAGGAGUUUGACUUUUUGGCACCUUUGGCAAACCUGCAAGACCAAGAUGCUAUUGGAACCAGCGGAGGAAAUCCGGCAAUUUGGAUAGCUGACUUUCUGUUUCUUGCCGUUGUUUUUUUGUUUGUUCUGUUCUCAGUGUUCCAACUGAAGUAAAAAGACAGUUGAAAGUACACUUUGUAAUCCCUGACUCAGCUUUUGCUGAAAAGUCCACGUGUAGCCUUGCAAACGACAUUUGCUACACAAGUGUUUUUAUUUGAAGUAUUCGGUCCCUUUCUGAACACACCCUGAGGCAGUAGUACUUUAGUGCUUUUGUAUUUGGUGCUUAUGGUGGUGGUGGUGGUGGUGGUGGUUCACUGUAAUUACACAAAUUACAAUACUUAACUUUAGUAUUAACAAUUACAGAAAACCAUACUAAACCAUUAGAUUAAUUAGUCAAAUAUAUAUGCGAUUGAGCUUGAGCCUUCACUUGACAUAAUGCGUACAUUAUCCCUUUACGUGGAAGUAAACACCCCCAAAACAUAUAAAUCUUCACUUUGAAAAGCUGCAAAUAAUCUUAAUAAAUCACUCAAAAUACGAUAAAUUAAGGCUUAUCGAUUGUGUUGGAUCCAAAACUACAACAUUUGGGACUUAAAAAACCUGAUAAUUUUACAUUUAUUUGGGGAGAUAAAUUUGGUACACGUUCAUUGUUUACGAAUCAUCGGAAUCAUGAAGAGUUAAACUUUGACCUUACAAAAUGCACCAUAUCACAAGAGGGCGCUAUUACAAAAGUGCGGGAACGAUCAACGAACAGUUUUACCGCAACAAACUUAUUUCUAAUCAAAGGUAUGCGUAAUCAUAAAUUAAAGUUUAGAAAACACUUUAAAAAUAACAACGAUUAAACCCAAGUUAAAUUUCACAACUUGCCGCUACACCACGUUAUGCUCUUUAUAAAUGUGUCACCUUUAACAUCAAUUUAGUGAUAAACCUUGUUAUCCUUCAGAUUUCCAGAACUGGGCUAUUAGCAUCACUUAUCAAUCUAAAUGUCAAAAUUCCAUAAACACGUUCAUAAACACAGUGUGCAAGUACAUCAUCGUGGUAAGCUAUUUUACAUAAAAGGGAAAACAGUUCAGACUCAAGCUAUCACUUAACUACGGAGCUCUACAGUCGUGCACGUGACUUUUAA